GCUCACCAAGAGAGGGGGAGAGUGAGAGAAAGAGGGAGGAGGUAAGCAAGAAUGGCAGCUUCUUCUUCAUUGCGAGCUCUGAUCCUAGUGUUCUUCCUACUUCCGUUGCUUGCAGAGGGAAUUACUCGUCACUACAAGUUCAAUGUGGCGGAGAAGAAGUUUACGCGGCUCUGCUCCACCAAGUCCAUCGCCACCGUGAACGGGCAAUUCCCGGGGCCAACGCUGUACGCGAGAGAGGGCGACACCGUGCUCGUCAAGGUCGUCAACCACGUCCACUACAACGUUACCAUCCACUGGCAUGGAGUUCGGCAGCUGCGGACCGGCUGGGCUGAUGGACCGGCGUACAUCACGCAGUGCCCGAUUCAGCCAGGCCAGAACUAUGUGUACAACUUCACCCUCACAGGGCAGCGAGGCACGCUGUGGUGGCACGCCCACAUCUCAUGGCUCAGAGCUACGGUUCAUGGCGCCAUUGUCGUCCUUCCCAAAAGCAACGUCCCCUAUCCCUUCCCCGCCCCUCAUAAAGAAGUCGUCCUGGUCUUGGCUGAAUGGUGGAAAUCCGACACUGAAGCCGUGAUAAACGAAGCUCUGAACUCGGGUCUUGCCCCCAAUGUAUCUGAUGCUCACACCAUUAAUGGCCACGCAGGGCCUCUCUCCGGCUGUUCUUCUUCAGCACGGGAUGGGUUCACGUUGCAAGUGGACAAGGGCAAGAGGUACCUGCUCCGGAUCAUCAACGCCGCACUCAACGAGGACCUCUUCUUCAAGGUCGCUGGCCAUCAGCUCACCGUCGUCGAGGUGGACGCCGCUUACACCAAGCCCUUCACGACCGACACCCUGCUUCUCACUCCCGGCCAGACCACCAACGUGCUCCUCACCGCCCGUCAAGGCGCCGGCAGAUACAUCGUCACCGCUUCCCCCUUCAUGGACUCGCCGCUGGUAGCGGUGGACAACAGGACCGCCACGGCCACCGUGCAGUACGCGAACAGCGUCUCCACCUCCGCCAUCACCACCACCAAGCCUCCGCCCCAGAACGCCACCCCGGUGGCGUCGAGCUUCACGGACUCCCUCCGCAGCCUGAACUCGCAGCAGUAUCCUGCCAAGGUCCCGGCGACCGUGGAUCACUCUCUCCUCUUCACCGUGGGCCUGGGAGUGAACCCGUGCGCGACCUGCGCCAACGGGAGCCGAGUGGUGGCGGACAUCAACAACGUGAGCUUCGUGAUGCCGACGACGGCGCUCCUCCAGGCGCAUUACUUCAACGCGAGCGGGGUGUUCACCGAUGACUUCCCCGGGCAGCCGCCCAUAGCUUUCAACUACACAGGCAGCGGCCCGCGGAACUUGCAGACGAUGAGCGGGACGAGGCUCUACCGUGUCCCUUACAACGCAUCGGUGCAAUUGGUUCUCCAAGACACCGGGAUCAUAGGACCAGAAAACCACCCCAUUCAUCUCCAUGGCUACAACUUCUUCGUGGUCGGAAGAGGUGUCGGCAAUUAUGACCCCAAAUCAUCCCCCUCCAACUUCAACCUCGUCGACCCCAUCGAGCGAAACACCAUCGGCGUUCCCUCUGGUGGAUGGACUGCCAUUAGAUUCCGGGCGGAUAAUCCAGGUGUUUGGUUCCUGCAUUGCCAUUUUGAGGUGCACACGACGUGGGGGCUAAAGAUGGCAUUCGUCGUGGACGAUGGCGAGGGACCAAAUCAGUCGUUGUUGCCGCCUCCAAACGAUCUUCCAUCAUGUUAGGCACCGGCCAGCCCAUCUCUCCCGCACAAGCUGAGAGGCGGUAGCCCAAUGACAACGUCAUGUUCUUGAUGGCUAGACAAAGUGUUUUCUCGGGCCUUGUUUUUUUUGGUUUCUCCUUUUAUGGUGCUGAUUUGUGCUAUGGAUCCUCUGUUUUUGGAUUGUACUUAUUUGAUUCAUUGAACAAUAAACUUCUUUGUGUAAA